AUGUUUGAUGUGCAGGCUUCUAAUGUUAUAUUUAAUCCUAUUCACAAUAGCUGUUGUGACUUGGAUAUUGAGAAAAAUCCAGAAUUGGAGAAUUUCAGAAGUAUUUUGGAGUUUAUGGGUCAUAUUCCCAUCCAGAAAGCAUUGACUGACCAAAGGCCUUUAUACAAAUCUCACAUCGAGCGUUUCUGGAACAAUGCAAGUUAUGACGAUCAAAGCAAAGUGAUUUCAUCAGUUGUUGAAGUUCAUGGGAGGUUAGAAAAGAUUUUAGUCACAGAAGCACUGAUUCGUGAAGUCAUUAAUUUUCCUGAUGAGCCUGAUGAUCCAACAAGAUUUCCAGAGAGAAUGGUGAAGGGGUGCAUGUUGAGAAUGGGAUAUAUUGGAGCUUUAAAUGCCGGAAACUAUUUAAAGUCAAAAUUUCAGAAGCCUUACAAGUUUUUGAUUCAUUGUGUACUGAUUUCAUUAAGUCAUACUAAAGGAGGAUAUGAUGCAAUGCGCGAUUACCAAAUAAAUAUGAUUACGGCAUUGGUGUUGAACAAAAAGUAUAACUUCUCACAUAUAGUAUUCCACUAUAUGGCUGAGAAUAGCAAGUCGGAUCUCAAGACCUGGAUGUAUCCAAGGUUUGUACAGAUGUUGAUUGACCAUGCGUAUCCAGAGAUUGAUCGAAAUAUUAAAGAUGAUUUGUUGGUGCAAGCUCACAUGACCAAUAAAACACUGAAGCAGCUUGUGAAAUAUCAUCCGAAUCACCCAGAGCCAACACUUGUUGUCGAGCCUUUCGGUUUUAUUAAAGAUGUUAAAUAUGUUGAUCCAGAUCCAGUUAAUCAUCAGAACUGGAGAAAUGAAGUGGAAAUGAAAGAAGCAAGAUAUGCUGACGAGCUGAAAAUGCUUGAAGAUUUCAAAACUACUAAGAAUGAGUGGUAUGUGAAAGAAACCGGAAGAAGACGUAGAAUGGCAACUCCUAUUGUUCGAGAAGGUGAAGGAUCUUCUUUGAAAUCUAGAAAGAAACAAAAGAAAGCAGCAACAAUGUCUUUGAUUGAUGAACCGGAAGAAGAUAAUCCAGUGGUAACUGCUGAAAAGGAACAAGUGACAGCUACUGAAGAUGAUCCAUUUAAUACUGAUGUAUUGUUUGAUACUGAUGUCUUGGAAACAGGGCCAGAAAUUGUUGCUAACGUUGAGCAAGUUAUAAAUGUUGAAGCACAGAAAGAGAAAGAAAAGGUUGUUGAUGAUGUUGAGGGUGACGAUAUAGAUAAGAGUACAACAAGUUCAUCAAGUUCUUCAGAUGAUGGUAAUGAUGAGAUUGAAAGUCGAAAAAGAAUUCAAGAAGAGAUAGAAAAAGAGAAGAUGUUAAGAAAGAGAAAGAGACAAGAAAAGGAUGAUGAUGAUGUCUAUGUGCCUUCUCCAGAGCAUGUCUCAGGAUCACAAUCUUCUCUAAGAGUUAGAAAGAAAGCUGGAGGUCGGAAGAAAGUGGUUUCUCCAAAGAUUGUCAAAGCCUCUCCAAAGAUCAAAGUAACGAAGACUGUGCUCAAAAAGAAGAAACAAACCAAGAAACCACCUACGCCACCACAUGAACCAACACCACCACAAUCACCUAUCCAAUCACCACCUCGACAAUCUACUCCACCACAACAAUCCUCACCACCUAAACAACCAACACCUCGAAGACAACCAUCACCUAUUCAUCAAACACCACCACAACAACCUUUUCUUACCUCAUAA